AUGGGUUUGAGCUUCUCCAGACUUUUCUCUGAGCUCUUCGGCAAGAAGGAAAUGCGCAUUCUGAUGGUCGGUCUCGACGCCGCCGGUAAAACCACCAUCUUGUACAAGCUCAAGUUGGGCGAAAUUGUCACCACCAUUCCCACCAUUGGUUUCAACGUGGAGACUGUGGAAUACAAGAACAUUUCUUUCACUGUAUGGGAUGUGGGAGGUCAAGACAAGAUUCGUCCUCUCUGGAGACAUUAUUUCCAAAACACUCAGGGUAUCAUCUUUGUGGUUGACUCGAAUGAUCGUGAUCGUGUGUCAGAAGCACGCGACGAACUUCAACGUAUGCUCAAUGAGGAUGAACUUCGUGACGCCUUGUUGCUCGUCUUUGCCAACAAGCAAGAUUUGCCUAACGCCAUGAACGCUGCCGAGAUCACUGAUAAGCUUGGUCUUCACUCCCUUCGCAACCGACACUGGUACAUCCAAACUACGUGUGCAACAAGCGGUGAUGGUCUUUACGAAGGCUUGGAAUGGUUGUCCAACAACUUGAAGAGAAGACAGUAA